UCAAUUGAAGCAUGGAGAGAAAGAACAAGGAGCCACGGUCAUUUGGCCUAAAUGGAAAUGGGGACGACAGCGAUAAAUCGUCGGGUAACGAGAGUCCUUUUUCGACCAGAUCGUCGAGCAGCUCCAGCGACACCAGCAGCGACAGUUCCGUCGAGAAGGAGCCGUCCAGCGAAGCGGAGAGUCUCUGCAUUCCGAGCGGAAGCUAUGAUAUUAUCACCAAGGCCCACCUGCAGCAGUUUGUGCAGAAAACCGACGCAAACGCCUCGCUGGACGAUCAGGGCUGUGACUUGAUGGCCAAAAUAGCCGAUGCCUUCGUUAAUGACGUCUCCAUGCGCAUGGUCAAGUUGGCCAAGCACCGAAAAAGCCGUGUGGGCCUUCUGGACCUGGAGUUCGUCCUCAAACGCGAGUACAACAUGGAGUUUCCCAACGAACAUAAUGCCAAUUAAUAAUGUAAAGCCUUGGAAUUAGUGCAUAUUUUCAUUAUUUUAAACAAAUCAUUGUAAGGUCUUUUGAUGUAUAUACUUUUCAAAAUAAAAAAAACUGUUAAUAAUA